CUCCUGUCCUGCUGGGGGCGACAGAGCGCCGCCGUGUUCCGCCGCCGAUGACGCGCUACGACACGGGGAUUAACAGUAAACACAGACCGUCGCCCCAGCGAGCUUAAACUAGUGAACGCCACCCUGAGCUAAAAGACUGUUUCUUGUUGUGGCUCUAGUGAUGUGCUGUAGCGGAACCCUUUCCCUGCCUAGUUGCUGUUGCCCCUGAAGACUUCCACCGACACCACCUCCUUCCUCCACCUCCACCUCCUCCUCCCUCUGGUCGUCCCUGUGAUGCCUCCUCCAUGCUGUGGCUACCUGUCACAGUACACCCAUCAUCAUCUGGUUGCCUUCCUCCUCACCUUCUUUAGUUAUGUGUUGCUGCAUGCAUCCAGGAAGACUUUCAGCAAUGUGAAAGUGAGCAUCUCGGCCCAGUGGACACCAUCUGUCCAGAAUGACAGUGCACCCGCUUUCUCUCCUGGAGAGACUUGGCAGAACAAUCAUCUGUUUGCAGAUGAGAAGGAGGCAACUCUGUUCCUGGGGGCUCUAGACUCGAUCUUCCUCUUCUCAUAUGCUGUGGGUCUGUAUUUGAGUGGUGUGAUUGGGGAUAGAGUGAACCUGCGCUAUGUGCUCUGCUUCGGUCUCUGUGGCUCUGCUAUAGUAGAGUUUGUGUUUGGCACCCUGACUGAAUGGCUGCGCAUCUACAACGUCUACCUGUACUGUGUCCUGUGGGUGCUCAACGGCCUGCUGCAGUCGGCCGUGUGGCCCUGCGUGGUGGCCGUCAUGGGCAACUGGUUCGGCAAGACGGGGCGCGGCUUUGUCUUUGGCCUGUGGAGCGCCUGUGCCUCUGUGGGCAACAUCCUGGGUGCUGUCCUGGCCUCUAGUGUUCUCAAGUAUGGCUAUGAGUACGCCUUUCUGGUGACCUCCGUUGUGCAGUUCGCUGGCGGGAUAGUCGUGUUUUUCGGACUUCUUACCUCCCCCAAAGAAGUCGGUUUGAGUUUGGAGUCAGACACUGGACUCAGUCCAGUGGAGACGGACACAGACAGCCAUAGACCACUGAUGAGCGAUGAGGAGGACGAGGGGGAAUUGUAUGGGAGACAAAACCAGUCUAUCCAGCAGCUAGAUGAACCUCCAGCUGAGGCUCCCCAGGCUGUGGGCUUUAUCCAGGCUUGCUGUCUGCCGGGGGUUCUCUGUUAUUCUCUGGCGUAUGCGUGCUUGAAGCUGGUCAAUUACUCCUUUUUCUUCUGGCUUCCUUUCUACCUGAGUAACAACUAUGGUUGGAAGGAGGCCGAGGCUGACCGCCUGUCAGUGUGGUACGACGUUGGCGGGAUCAUCGGGGGGACAGUUCAGGGUCUUAUCUCUGACUUCAUGGGGAAGAGAGCCCCGGUGUUGGCCUUGAGUCUGGCAGUGGCGAUGGGAUCUCUGGUGGGAUACAGUCACUCGCCCAAUGACCAGCUGAUAAAUGCUGUGUUGUUGGCUACCACCGGCUUCUUCAUUGGUGGUCCGUCCAACAUGAUCAGCUCAGCCAUAUCUGCAGAUUUGGGGAGACAAGAGGCUCUGAGGGGCAGCCAGGAGGCUCUGGCUACUGUCACUGGUAUAGUGGAUGGGACCGGUAGUAUAGGAGCUGCUGCAGGACAGUACCUAGUGUCCCUGAUUGAGAGUGGACUGGGCUGGAUGUGGGUGUUCUACUUCUUCAUCGUCAUGACCGGAGGCAGCAUUGUUUUCAUCUUCCCCUUGCUCUUCAGCGAGCUGCGUGCCAUGUGGAGAGACAGAAGAGCGCUGCGGCGCCAGCUCUGAAACCUGCAACAUCUGCUGCUGUAACAUAAUUCCUACUCUUACACUGCUUGGCUGCUCAGAGACGGCUCCUUGGGUGAGUUUUGGUAUGUGGAACCAUUAGGUGGAUGCUGCUCCUUAAAGCCAGGAUGGUGAUCGGUUUGGCAACACAUCACCUGUGAGCCCUGAGGUCUCACUCUCUCACUAGUGUAGUGGAAAUGAAAAGUGGUUUGAACCAGGAGUGGCCUUUCACAACCAUCACAGAAUGUACAAAUGUAGAUAUGUAUGGUUCAAAUUGAUGUAUUGAUAUUUAAAUUGAUUGAAGUUGGAUUUUAAAACAAGUUUUUAAGUUAGAUGUUGGGCUCUUAGAGACAAUUUGGGGAUUAGAAAGUCCUAUCGAAUGUAAAUAAGACAAAAAUAUAAGUGAUUUUAAAGACCUCCAGUAAAAUAUUUUUGUGCUUUUUUUGUUCAGGGUCUAAAUGUUGCACUCUAGGAUUAUUACUAUUAUAAGAUUCUAGUGAACCACCGAUAUAAGCUGGGUUUUAGGAGCUUUUUUGCACCUCACAGACAUUUGAUUUCUCGUACAGUUUUGCGUUAUCAUGGUUAGAGUGUAGGUAACGGGGGACUGGUCCUCUUGAUUCUGUCUACAUGCUCGUCACGGAUUUGACAUGUUCUAAUUUGACUCGUUUACUUUCUGUUCACCGGAAUGUUUACAUCUAAAAAUGUUAGUGUCUUACGUCACAGGACAUCCUCAUGAAAACUCGCACACUUUGAAAACUGUGCCAUUGUUUUUGAGACUUUUUUGAGCGGGUGAAAACUGUGUUUGUAGCAGAAGCUUCAUACUUGUUUUCUAUUUGGGGGAAACGUCAGUUUUAAUUUUCAAGGUAGUAAAUAUUUUGAUUUUUUGAGGGAGCAGCUGUGGCAAAUAUACUUGGAACAUAGUUUGCGCUUUUGCAUGGAACACUAUUUAAUGUCUUCUCCACUUGUAUGAGACUCGUUUCUUAUGCUAAACCUGAGGCAGCGGAGCCUGAAAUGAGACUUGCACCUCUGCUCCUCUCUUUGAAAUUGGAACCUGUGGUGUUUUAUUUUUAUUUUUUUUGGUAUAUUUUUUAUUUAUAUGUACAUUUUUAAAUUGUAAAUGCAAUUCUUCUUGUUUUAAAUAAAUACAAAUUUCAUUUUGCAAA